AUGUCGGGUAGUGGUCCACCGAUGAACUUUCCGCAUCCAGAUACUUCAUCGUCACACAGCCAGAAUAUUGAUAUGGAUACAAUGGAGAAUAGACACGACAAUAUUACUGGAAGAACGCAACAAACGUCACAUAUGUUUCAAAAUCAGACUGGACAAACGGCCCAAGCAUCUCAGAACUAUUUGCCACAAUUUCACACAAGAACCACAUAUACGUAUGAUUCUGAUCCAUUUUUCCGUCCAUCAAACGCAGGGAAUUCUUCUUCGACAAGUAAUGCAUGUAUCCAGAAAACUGAGGAGUACGCCGAUUUUCUCAUGGAACAUAGUCAGAUGGACGUGGUAGAAGAAAGACAAGAAUUGGAAGUGUGCGACUGUGGAGGAUGUAACAACGAUUGCGACCUUUUCGGUGAAGAUAUGAUUGAAGAAACAGUGAAAGAGGAGAAGCCAUGCAAAAAGGCACAGAAAAGAAAAAUGAGAGAAGAUACACAGUCGGAUGGAACAGACGCAAAGAAAAAACAUUUGAACUAA